AUGUCGAGCAGAAUCAACCAACCCAGCAACCAGAUCAAACUGACCAACGUGUCGCUCGUGCGACUGAAGAAGGGCAAGAAGCGCUUCGAGAUCGCCUGCUACAAGAACAAGAUCCUCGAGUGGCGCCAGGGUAUCGAGACCGACAUUGACGAGGUCCUACAGAUUCCAAACGUCUUUCUCAAUGUCAGCAAGGGACAGACGGCUCCCAAGGAGGACCUGGCCAAGGCCUUUGGCAAAGACAAGCCCACCAACGACAUCAUCCUCGAGAUCCUGAACAAGGGCGAAAUCCAAGUCGGCGAGAAGGAAAGGGCAGCCCAACUCGAUCGGGUGCACAAUGAGGUCAUAUCCAUCGUUGCCAGCAAGUUGGUGGAUCCGCGGACAAAGAGGGUCUACACGACCGGCAUGAUUGAAAAGGCUCUCGACAUGCUCAGCUCGGCGGCGCAUCAGCAGCAGGGCGACAAGAGCGCGACGGCGAGCGGCACGGGCACACCGGCCACCACCGAGGACGGAGAGGCCGGCAAGCCGAGAGCCAAGGAGCACACCUGGACCGGCGUCGUCACGACCAAGAGCGCAAAGAGUCAGGCCCUCGAGGCCAUGAAGGCUCUGAUUGCGCACCAGCCCAUUCCAGUCUCGAGGGCGAGAAUGCGCCUGCGAGUCACAUGCUCGACCAACGUGCUGAAGCAAUCAGUCAAGGCUCCCAAGUCUGCCGAGGGAGAUGGUGAUCAGAAGGCGGCGCCGGGUACAGUCAAGGACAAGAUCUUGAGUUAUAUCGAACAAGUAGAGGCCCAAGAUGUGCUGGGUUCAGAGUGGGAGGUGGUUGGUUUCGUAGAACCAGGUGCCUUCAAAGCGUUGUCCGAUUUCUUGGGCAACGAGACCAGAGGACAGGGCAGAGUCGAGGUUCUGGAUAUGGCAGUCACCCACGAGGACUAA